AUGGAUAAACAGUGUAUACGCUACUAUAUAAAAACUCGCUCGUUACUCGGCUUAAACGCUACUCAAAUCCAUGACGAAUUGAUCACUGCUUAUGGUCAAGACUACGUAUCGUAUCCUACGGUUGCCCGCUGGCUUCAUGCUUUUUCAAGUGGACGAGAGUCGCUUGAAGAUGAUCCACGGAGCGGUCGUCCAAUAACCGCCGUCACUCAAGAAAAUAUUGACGCUGUUAAAGAUCUAGUUAAUGAUGAUCCACAUAUUAGUAUUGAUUAUAUUGCCGACAUCUUGGAUAUAUCCUGUGGCAGUGUGGAUACAAUAUUGAAACAACAUCUACGGUUAAGAAAAGUAUUGUCAAGAUGGGUGCCUCAUGAGCUGACACAGGAACAACGGCAGCGACGUAUGACUAUCUGUGCUGAAAAUUUGGAGAAGCUUGAAAGUGGCGUAUGGCGUCUGUGUGAUAUAAUAACCGGCGAUGAGACGUGA